AUGUCACGUCGCAUGCUGUCGUCCUUCGGUUUCGAGGGUAAGCAGACAUUGGCAGACGAUCUAGAAUCUCUGGUCUAUGUGGUGCUCUACUGCGCUCUUCUGUGGCUUCCCCACGACCUCUCUCAGGAUGACCUGCAGGCAGCGAUGAAGGGAAUCUUCGAGCUCUCUAGGUGGCACCCAGUUAGGAAGGCCUUUGUGGGGGGCGAUGGGAAAAUAGGCCUCGCGCUUCAGCACGACUACAUCAAGCACGCGAACAUCCCAGCCCCGUUCCAGCGGUGGUUGGAUUCAGUCCUAGACCAUAUGAUACCUGUCGGCGGCGGUCACUCAGGACCACGCCGAGACACGUCUCAGUGGUCCGCCGACCAGCUCGAUACGUUCUGGGCCGACAUCUUGCAGACAGAAACCCUUGAGCAGAACGACCGGGUCGUUCGUGAUUAUCCUCGCGCACUAGGCGACUAUGAACCCCAAACAGGUCUGGAAUCCACUGAAGCCAUCGUCCUCGGGAAACGCGCUUCCAAGGAGCGCGAUCUCGACGAGCCUGAGCCCGACAAGAAGGCAAAACGUCCACGAGGCAAGAAGUUGGCCGCCGAAGCUCCUAAACCGUCAGCCUCACUAGGACUGCCCCGGCGCAGUCUUAGACUGGCGGCGAAGGCUAAGCAAGGCCCUCAGCUGCCUAUCGUCGCAAAACGUGCGCCCAAGGAAAGGGUCGCUUCGAACCCUCGCCGUACUGGGAAGAAAGGGCGUGGCCAGUAGACGCCAACUGUCCAAGAGCAUUGACGAUUACUACCGAGCCUGCUCUAUGCUUUCGUUGCUGUGGUGCUGUCCCUAUUUCUUGGGUCUACUUGCUUUCCUAUGUAUCUUCUCUGUCCUGGAUUCCGAUUCACGUAUUCGCGCAUUACCUCUGUAUAAGCAUAUGUCAGCUGAGAGCCCUACUCGUCUUAAAUUAGCUUGCUACUGCCACAAAUUGUUUCACCACCGCUUAUCUGACGCUUUUUGUUAUCAAAAACACGCCCGUGAGCGAGCAAACUCGAGCAAGCCCCUUGCCCAACUCUCAUCUGCUCGUAGGCAUGUGCAGAAGUUCUCUUUCCAUGAUACAUCUCCCUCGUCG